AUGAUUGUGUCGAGGGUCUGGCAAGCUCUCCUCAAGCGCGACAUUGCUGACUUACAACGCUCAACUUCACGACCGCUGCGUAGCUUCUACCGAACAUUGCCGCGCACGGCAAAGGCUCAUCAAAUGCCUGUUGACGACGAAGCGGGCAGCCCGGCAGCCAGCGGUGCGAGCUUCACCCCCGAUCAAUCCACCACCUCCGCCCCUCCGCUGCAGACCGAGUCCCGCAAGGCUCCGCCCCCCGAGAAGCCAUCCGAUGCGCGCCGGCGAUCGUUUGUCAUAGCCGCCUUUUGGGCCAUUGUUCUUCUCCUCGGCCUGCCAAUAUGGUGGAUGACAACGAGCAUCUACCGCGCCAACCUGCCUCUGAGCGGCAUGGUCCAAUGGGCGGAUGGAAAGGCUUGCCGUCCCGUGUUUCCUCUUCGUAUAUCAGUACAAACGAACAAGUUGCAGGAACAGGAAGCGCAGAACCUCCUUCGCCUUACUCAACAUGCCCUCGAUGAUCUCAACGACUUCUCGGGUCAUCAUCUCCGUCUGCAGCUUGCGCCUCGUGGCGGCGACGACGUCGUUCCUGAGGAUGACUCCCAGGUCGCCCUGACAAUUCGCCUCAGCCCUGGGGACUCCACGACAGUCUCGUUGAACCCUCACUCUCCUAUUCUCGACAUCACAUAUCCCCCGAAUUCGAUUCCGUCACCGACUUCGUCCUCUUCUGCUCUAGCUUCGUACAUUGCGAAAGAAUUGCGAACUACCUACGCCGAAGAACAAGCCAUUAUAUCAUACCUUCUCUCAGCAGCCUCGGGAGCUUCUGAUGCGAGACCUCAGGGGAUGUCGCCAGAGGCAGCCGAGUCACUGGCGAAGCGAACCACCCGUUCUUUGCGAUAUUCACCGACGUACCACUUGAGCUUCUCGCUCUUCACUAGCGGCUCUGCCCCCAAUACCUGGGACAUCGAAGCAGCUAUCCAAACAUACAUGAAGCCCAUGCUUGAUGUGUUGAGCCCCAUCCACAACUUCACGAUAGAUACCCAGGUGCAGCUGUAUGCAACACCAGGGGCGCAGUCCCAGGUUUUGAACAAAGACGACCUUGCCUCCUUCAUCAACGCGGCCGAAUGGCCCCUUUCGCCGUCCAUCGGUGGUGCGCCGACGGUAAACUUCCUUCUCUUCGUCGGAAAUCAAACAAUUGGAUUGGAUUCGGGGUCCGAGACAUCACAGUCCUGGCUCAUCCCGCAAUGGGGAACUGUUUAUCUUCUGUCGCUGCCUCCGACGACGUCACAUGUACCGGCUGCUACACUCAAACAACCUAUGCUUACCUUUGCUGGGCACUUGCUGUCACUCCUUGGCACUCCUCAGUCAGGCUCUCUUCCUUUGCGGCUCUCGACUCUCACGCGCAUCCGAUCCGCAGACCUCUUGCUACGUGCAUCCUCUACCCUGGGCUCCCUGGCAAGACUGUCACUUGCACUGCCGUCUAUAUCCAUUCCCCGCAACGUUGCAGACGGUGUUACCAAAACCAUGCAUCAUCUGGAGCUCGCGUGCGCCAGCCUAGGCGGGCCCGAGGGGUUGGAGCAUGCUAGAAUCGCUGAGGCCGAGGCCGAGCGAGCGUUUUUCGAGAAGAGUAUGGUCGGACAACUAUAUUUCCCCGACGAACAUAAAAUUGCCGUCUAUCUGCCGCUUUUAGGGCCGGUGGGAGUGCCCCUCGUGAUGGGUCUGUUGAAUGAAAUCAAGGCAUGGAGAAAGCGGAGACGAGAGAGAGCCGAGGCAGAAGCUAGAAAGAAGCUUUAG